UUUAACGUGCUCUAACGUGAAAUCCUCUAAGCUUCUGAUCCUCUGGUCCUCAUUCUUUUUGCAAGGGAACCCCUAGAUCUACUUCACGAUGGCCUCUCCGAUUCCCCGGGGCCUGCGCCAGGUCCUCCAGAAGUCUCCCAAUGACAUUGUCAUUCUCUCUUCUCUCCGUACGCCUGUAACCCGAGCGAAGAAAGGUGGCUUCAAGGAUGCUUAUCCCGAAGAGCUCCUUGCCAACGUGCUUCGCGCCACUCUUGAGGCGAACCCGAACCUUGACCCGGCCCUAAUUGACGACGUCGCCAUCGGUUCUGUUCUCCAAGAGCUCGGCGGUGCCAAGGCUGGCCGUAUGGCUCAGAUUCAUGCCGGUUUCCCUAACACCGUCUCUUUCCAUACUAUCAACAGACAAUGCUCGUCCGGCUUGGCUGCUAUCUCCACUAUUGCCAAUGGAAUCCGUGCCGGCGCAAUUAACGUUGGUGUCGGUGGUGGAAUGGAGUCCAUGACCCGCAACUACGGUUCCCGCGCUAUUCCCACUGUCCUCUGGCCUGAACUCAAGGAUUCAUACUCGAAGGAUGCCCAGGAUUGCAUUAUGCCGAUGGGUAUCACUUCGGAGAAUGUCGCCGCUCGCUACGGAGUCUCCAGAGCAGACCAGGAUGCUUUUGCCGCCGAGUCGCACAAGAAGGCAGCUGCGGCCCAAAACGCCGGCCUUUUUGACUCCGAGAUUGUUUCUGUGAAGACCGUGUCCUACGACCCCGAGCACCCCGACGCUGCUCCCACCGAGAUCACCGUCUCGAAGGACGAUGGAAUUCGCCACAACCUUUCAGUCGAAAAAAUGGCUAGCUUGAAACCCGCCUUUUCUGCCGAUGGUGCCAGCACUGCUGGAAACAGUUCUCAGGUCAGCGACGGUGCUGCUGCGGCCCUGCUGAUGCGCCGCUCUACGGCUACUGAGCUCGGCUUGACCUCUUCCAUCAGGGCUCGCUGGGUUGCCUCUGCUGUUGCUGGCUGCGCUCCCGACGAGAUGGGUGUUGGCCCUGCCGUUGCCAUUCCCAAGCUUCUGCAAAUGCUGGACAUGAAUGUUUCUGAUGUUAACAUCUGGGAGAUUAACGAGGCCUUCGCCUCCCAGGCUCUGUACUCUAUUCGCAAGCUCGGAAUUGACGAGUCCAAGGUCAAUCCCAAGGGUGGUGCUAUUGCCAUUGGUCACCCUCUGGGUGCCACCGGUGCCAGACAAUUGGCGACUCUUAUUCCUGAGCUUGAGCGUACCGGCCAGGAUGUCGGUGUUGUUAGUAUGUGCAUUGGAACUGGUAUGGGUAUGGCUGGCAUGUUUGUCCGGGAGUGAAAGUGCGGAAAGUGAGGGUUGCCUCAUUCUGUACAGUUUGUUUUCUCUUUUACAUUUUCAUGAUAUCAGCGUAGACGCAUGUAUAUACACCCACAAUUCAUGAAGUUUUACUUUCCCC